AUGUUUCAGUGUGUGAGCGGGCCUGUGCUCCGUAGCGUCGUGGUGUUUCUGCUCUUGGGUGUCUCCUACAGUAAGCGCAGGUGCAACUACUCGGAGAUACUCGACUCAUACAGAGAACUCAUCUUCGUUGAACUUCAGAAUUUGGUAUGUGGGCCUUCAGAACGUCAAAGUGUGUUAGCCUACUGUUCACAAAACCAAACUGGCUUUAUCUCACACUUAACCAUUCGUUCAAUUGUAUCUGUAUUAAUUUGUUCUACCUUUUAUAUUGUCCCUGGAAAAUGUCAGGUGCAAAACUUACACUUGAGCAAAACGUAUUCAAUAAGUCUGACACUAUAGUUUGAGCCACCCUAUAAUAUUAUGCAGUUGGCACCCUCACUUGGAGAAGUGGGUGUAUCUGUACAGUGAAUACUUGUUUUUGACUGCCCUCCACUGGUUUGCCUUAUGAAUGUUAUAUUAUUUUAUUGUCUAACAGUUUGUUUGCUUUAUUGGAACAGAAUCUGACGGGCAAUUUUGACACAUCCAAAGAGAGGGACUGUUGUCCCUCAGGAAAGGUAGUGUGUGUGUGUGUAUGUGUGAAAGAGAGACCAUCUGUACCGAAUGGGACCCUCCAGUUUCAGAACCAUGGACAGGGGAUGUACCUAAUGCCCCUCUGUGAAAACAAUUACACCUAUGGGCUUGUCUUAUACUACAAUAAGAACUUGAUUUGGUUGUUUGAUUUACUGAAUGAAUGAUUGAUUGAAGGUAUACAAUAGAAAUGUGUGUCUGAUGACAACACAAGCAUUAAACAACAUGUAUCUCCUAUGUGUAUCUCUUAUUUGACAGUAGGCCUAACGCACUGUUUUCCUAUGCUUCAUAAUGGCAGGUGCAGCACGUUUUGCGCUCCAUCCAUGGUAUGACGCAGCAGUUCCUGUGCCAGGGCCGCGGGCAGGGCAUUAGACAACAGGGGGGCAUGGAGAAGCCAGUGGAGAUGAUGGAACAGCUGAUCAGACAGAACUGCAGACACACUGACCUGGUGAGGCCACUCUUAAAGACAGGGCUUUUUGUCACUUACAUUUUCAUUUUUUAUAAUUAUAAUAAACAUGAAUAAAUGAGGUAUUAUCAGUCAACAACGACGUAAUGACAUUAGAUGGAUAUUCAGUGUUUUGCCUUUGCUUUCUUUCAGGUGAGAAGACAGAAGAGAGCAGCUCCGUGUGUGACUUCCCAGAGAACAAAGAGAAAGAAGAAGAAGAGGAUGAGACUCAUCAGGGCACUGAUACACUGUUGGCAGAAGCUGCAGAGUGUGUACAUGCCCACUAAAUAA